AUGCCCUGGGCCAGGCGAUUGUGGCGCACGGCGGCGCUGUCUCUCGCGACAGACUUCAAGACAUUUUCUGGUCGGGGCAUCUCAGCAACCGUAGACAGCAUGCCCAUUGUCAUUGGCAUGCCCAUUGCCAUUGCCAUGCACGUUGUGCGGCAGACGAUGCACGAAGACGACGAGACGCGUGGCUACACGGUUGUUGCGUGCUCGGCAGACGACAACCUUCUGCCUGGGCUAUGUGAGGUCUCGCUGACACGUGCAAGCCCAAAGGCGAAGAGAGAUGCUGCGCCUGCUGCGUACACCAGCACGGCCCGACCGUGGCCAUGCUCACGGGCGACAGGGAGGGCACUGCGCGGUCCAUUGGGGGCGGAGAUUGGCAUCGACGGCGUGUUCGCAGCAGCGUGCAGGAGAUGGAGGCGAAAGGGCGAGGCGGUGGCAAUAGUUGGCGACGGCAUCAACAUUGAGUCCGCGGACGUCGUUCUGAUGAUCAAGGACAACCUGCUUGCUGGAGGUGUUUUCUGGCCAUGCACCUAUCGCGCGCGACCCUGCGGCCAUCCACUGGUCGUGGCGAGUGGCCACCUCUCCAGCGACGCCAACGACGGAGUGCACGCGAUCCUCCAAAUCACCAGCGCCCACGUCUCGGAGAUCCAAUCCAUCGCAACAGCCGCCACUUCGUCACCUUCUCCUGUGCGCCUGUGGCAUCAUUUUGGCGAGGGCCAUGGCUUCAUCGGCACCAUCAGCGUGUCUGCGAGCAGAGAGCAGCACCUGCUUGUGCCGGAGGCCUGUGUUUUGGGUGGUGUUCAGCCUGACCUCCUCCUCCUCCACGUCGCUGCGCGUGUCCCUGAUCCACACAGCCCUCUUGCAACAGGGCGCUCGUGCUCGCUGCCGGAGCAUGCGAGGCUGGCAGCCCUCACACAGCACAACGCCGGCCAGUACAGCUUUGAAUCAGCCACUUGCGCACGCGACGCAAAGCACGUGCUCCUGUAUGGCCGAGCUUCGCGGUGCCGGCUGCGUAUUGUGUGCUCAGCUUCAACAUGGCCAACACAAAGGCCGUCGCAAUCCGCCCUGUUGGCCAUCAAGGCGCGAUGCCUGGAGCCGUUCCCCUUGUCACCCGCCACUCGCACGUGUCCAAUUGACUUGAGCAGUGUUGCUAAGCUGCAGCGAGCCGUGCGCAUGUUCCCUGCCACCGUUAGCGCCGCCGUUCAGGAUGCACGGACAGACACGCCGCUGCCUCUGUUGUCGUUUCCGGCCAGCAAGCAGUUCCUGUGGGAGGCGGCGUGGUACAUGCUCACCGUCGCCCUCGUUAGUGGCAAGGACGCGGCCCAGUUGCUGCUGGGAGUUGGUGACAACAACGAGUCGGUGGUGAUCAUGCUGGUGCUGGGUGUGCUGGCUGAUUGUGACAUGGUGCAGGAGGUGCGGCAGUCUCGCAAUUUGGCUGGGUGGACGUCGUUCCGGCUGUUGCUGCUGCUCAACGACAACACAUUGUCGGGCAACGGCCUUGCUGCUCGUGUUCAACAACGUGCUGCUGCUGCUGCUGCUGGUGGACUUUGA